GACGUUUUAGUCAUAUCGUGAAAGAAAAUCGAACGAAACGGAGUAAUUACAAUAAAUUACUCAUCUGGUUCAAACCAAUUUAAAUUGUUUGUUGUGUUUCUUUGUCUCAGUAAAAUUAUUGUGGUGUAAGUCAUAACUCGUUCGUUCUUGGAAGAGUUGGAAGUUUAAAUAUUUGAAAUGGCUGGGCACAAGUAUGUCAAUCCAAACAACUUGUUCGAGGACGAGGAGGACGUAGACGACGACACUUUUGUGAACGCCUACAGGAGUCGUAAUCCGCCACCAUCAGCCGUGACACGUCCUGCUAACACGUCCAGUACAGCGUACGGAGGCCACAUAGCGAACCUAGAACGACAAAGGCAAGUAAUGUUGGAGAGACAAAGAGAGAUCGAACAGCGCACGUUGGACUCUUCCGCACGCAGCGUGCAGCUACUGCGAGACUCUGAAAACAUCGGCAUCGCCACGGCCGAGGAGCUGGCGCGGCAGCGUGACGCGCUCGACAACACCAACCGCCGUCUCGAUGAAAUCAACACCAACCUAAACACGACGCAGAAACAUCUCAACGGAAUCAAAUCAGUAUUCUGGGGUCUCAAAAACUAUAUUUCUGGCAAGUCUGAACAGCCUCCAUCCCGAAGCCAAGCCUCUCCUAAUUCCCAAACAGGCCGGGUUGGUGCUAGCAGCAGCAGAUUAAAUGAAACUCUAGAUAAUCUAGGUCCAAUGAGUUCAGGCAUUGGAGACAAUUACAAUUCACAUCCAUCCACUCGGCUACGAGGAAUGAAUGAGCAAACCAUGGCCGACCCCGUGACGGACAGUGACCGUGUUAACAAAAUGUUAGAUGCAAACUUAGAUGAGAUGGUCCACGCUAUUACAAGACUUAAAGGUUUGGGAGCAGCGCUUGGUGAUGAAAUUGAACAACAAAAUGACCUCAUAGACACCAUCCAGGACAAAGUUGAGGGGGCAGAUAUUAAAAUUGGCCGACAAAAUAAGACAAUGAACAAACUACUGGGGAAAUAGUGCAUGGUUUUGAAAUCAGGUAGCAUAUGUGUGCCGAGCACCAAUGUGUUACCUAAUGAACUAUUUCAGUACAUGCACUUGUGGUUGCACUUUGUUAUGGAUUCCCAUUUGUUCCAAUUUAUACUCAAACAAGUUUUUGUUGUGAGGAAAAAAUGGGAAUAGACUUUUCCCAUUUUCUUUUAAUAAUGCCAAAUCUCUAUCUCUAUAAUCUGUUAUUGGGAAUGCAACCUGGAUCUGGCUAGUAAAACCCAUCAUGGAUCUGGCUGGUAAACCCCAAUUUUUUGUAUAUCCCUAAACCAAGUGGCAUUACCAACUUGCAAUCACUGAUUUCAGCUAUCAAUUACAUAGUUAUAUAAACCACCUAUAAAUUGUUGUGUUCUGGUUCUCUCGCAGACAUUAGAUAAUGAGAUAUAAUUAGUAUAAGGCCUGAA